CGCCCCCGAUGAGCGAGCAAAUACAACAGCUUAACGCUGCCCGCAAAAUGGCUCUCGAAAACCCUGGCUUUUUCAAACAGAUCAUCCAGGGUAUUCUGCCCCUCACGGCCCCGUCUGCUCCCGUCGAGCUGCGCAGAUGGGCCGCCGAUUUCAUCGCAGAAGCGCUCGCUUGUCCAGCUUUGAGGACGCAAGACAAGGAGAACUUGACUCUGGCGAUAGUAGAUGCGCUACGGUCACUGGUGGAAGCUCCUGAUCAGGACCCUCUAGUACUCAAGGCUGGUAUCAUGGCGGCGGCGAGUGCGUAUCCAGUUAUUGUGAGAUGGAUUAUUCUCAACACCUACCACCCCCCUGCUUGGGAGGCCAUGUCAGCGAUAAAGUCGAAGAUAUUGUCAAUAUGGGAGAAUGCUCCCACGCCGGUCAAGCUAUGCUGUAUCAAGUUUGUUCAACGAGUUAUCCUUGCUCAGACGGCAUCAAACGGCACAGAACCGAAGCAUUCUGGCCUGGAUGUCAACCUGGCUAUGAUUCCUCCUAAUCACAAGUUCCUAGACCCCCGGCUUCUCGAGGCGGAAGCCAUUGGCCUCCUUGACAGAAUGCUCGGUGGUCUCCAGGAUAACAGCAGUGAUGCUCUGAUUGUAGAUGCCACUCUCAACACUUUGUCCAUUCUCAUCCGCACUCGUCCUGCCACCUCCAGCCGUAUCACAAAUGCCGUCCUCAACUUCAACCCUCUGAAACUGGCCAACUCUCCCAUGACCCCCAAGAAUAAAGUUCUCGUCAAGUCAAUGACAAAGACAACCCAGAUGCUCUUGAAGCAUCUGUUUGUGAGGGAUUCUCAUAACCCGAUAGCACCGCGCCUCAAUCAGCAAUACGAAAGACUUCAGCGUUCCCGUUUGGAGAUUUUUGAUGAGGCGAACCGCAAGCGGGCUCUUCCUGAGCAGGCUGCUGCAGGUUAUGGUGAUGUGAAGAGGCAGAAGACUGAAGGAGUCGCACCGCAGCCUCCACUUCGCAUUCAACCACUUGCACCAGGGCCACACACUCUGGCUGAAGUGUUCAGUCUCACUAACAAUACAGGCUUGCAGGGCUUUGACGUGACCGUAGUACCUACCUCGUUAACUGCUAGAAUCAAUGUCAGGACGCUGGCGUCACUAGACCAAGGGCAACUUGAUAUGGCCAUCAAUGGAGUUCGUGACCGAUUGAUUGCUUUGUAUGCUGCAGCACCUGCCGCAGCACCAGUCCCGGUACCGGUCUUAGGAACAGCGACAGCGCAACAAGCUUCGGUUAAUGCCGAGACGGUUGCCUUGGGGGUUGAGGAAGAUGACGACGCCUACGAACCCGACUUCUACGCUGCGGAGGAUACUGAACAAAUACUGAACAAGCUCGAUAACGCGCCUCCGGAGGAAUCACCUGAGCAGAACGCCAAGCCUGAUUCUGCCUUAGCUCUCGGCCCGUUCAGGCUCCCGCCGCCGCCUGUUCUCAAUCCGGAUACUGCUGUCAAGGUCAGCCAGAUCACUGCUAUGCGCAUAUUUGGGCCUCUCUCAGGUCUCGAGGACCCGCUUGUUCGCAAACCCAAGGCCGGCCUCAACCGAUUGGCCGCCAACUCCCAUGAUCGCGACUCAUGGCUUACACUGAUAACGCGCCUUGCAACCCGCAGCACCAUAGGCCUAGGGGACGGUAUCAAGAGCGAGGCUGACACUACCAGUAGCGCUCUUGGUCGCCCACAGAUGAGCCUGGGCAACCUCAUUCGCGAAAUGCUUUUCAACUACAUUCUCGAAGACUGGCGGCGCCGUAUCGAGGUUGCCGUGGCAUGGUGUUGCGAGGAGUGGUACAACGACCGACUAACAAUUCUUAAUAAACUCGAUGGACCGCUGAAUUACGAGCGGUGCGCGUUGCGUCUAAUGGACGGCUUCCUCAGUUAUAUCACGGCUCAAGACAAGGUUCUCACCCGGUUCCUGUCGGAGAUUCCCCAACUCAGCAAAGAGCUUCUCGGUCGCCUAAAGGGUCUUUGUAGCGAUCCGACUACGGUGCAGCUCGCUAUGACCAGUCUGCUUUAUCUGGUGAUGAUGAAGCCACCAGCGAGGGAGCUAGCUCUGGACACGGUGUAUGAGAUUUGGGUUGAAUACGAGGACGCGCGCCCUCUGGCAGAGAAAUACCUUCACAGGUGGCGGCCCGGAUUCGCCGAGACUCAUGCUGCCGCCGACGGCGCCCCUGCUGGCAAUGGUACUCAGGCAAUGACUGCAUGA